AUGGGCCUUAGAGACAUUGGUGCUUCACUGCCUCCUGGCUUUCGGUUUUAUCCGAGCGAUGAGGAGUUGGUCCUUCAUUACCUUUACAAAAAGAUCACUAAUGAGGAAGUUCUGAAGGGUACCUUAAUGGAAAUCGACUUGCACACGUGCGAGCCAUGGCAGCUUCCUGAGGUGGCUAAGCUGAAUGCAACUGAAUGGUACUUCUUCAGCUUUCGUGAUCGCAAAUAUGCAACUGGCUACCGGACCAACCGGGCAACAAUAUCUGGCUAUUGGAAAGCAACAGGGAAGGAUCGUACGGUGUUCGACCCAAUGACUCGUGAGGUUGUAGGGAUGAGGAAAACAUUAGUGUUCUAUCGGAACAGAGCUCCAAAUGGCAUCAAAACGGGUUGGAUCAUGCAUGAGUUUCGCUUGGAGACCCCACACAUGCCCCCUAAGGAGGACUGGGUUUUGUGUAGAGUGUUUCACAAAGGCAAAGCAGACAACAGUGCCAAACUCAACCCACAACUCAUGUUUGAGACCACAACACUUCCAUCCCUAACUUUGGCUUCGUCAUCUCCAACCAACCAAACCACACCGGUUGGGUAUAACCACAACAAUUCUAAUUUCAUGAACAUCCUUCAGUUUUCUAAGGAAACAAACACCAACUCUAGCAGUGUUACUCAAAUUAGUCCUGAUGAUGGAUAUGGCUUCUUAUGGAACAUGGAUAUGGAAGAAAAUAGCUUUCAUGAUGGCAUGGACUCAAACUUGGAUGGAAUGAGAUUCGAGGUGGAUAAUAAUAGUAUGGUCUUGAUAUAA